AUGACCUCAAUAAGUGUAAACUUUCCUAGUAAGAGCUUGUUGAGGCUGUCAACUUACGCGUGUCCGCGGAGAGAAACAUUUAACUCUUGCACACCACCACCACCAACACCAAUACCACCACCACCACCACCACCGCCACCGCCACCACCAACACCACCACCACCACCACCACCACCGCCACCAACACCAAUACCACCACCACCACCGCCACCACCAACACCAAUACCACCACCACCACCGCCAACACCACCACCACCAAUACCACCACCGCCACCGCCACCACCAACACCAACACCACCGCCACCAAUACCACCACCGCCACCGCCACCGCCACCACCAACACCACCAACACCACCGCCACCACCAACACCACCACCGCCACCACCAAUACCACCACCGCCACCACCAACACCACCGCCACCGCCACCAAUACCACCACCACCGCCGCCACCACCAACUCCACCACCACCACCACCACCGCCACCACCAACACCGCCGCCACCAACACCACCACCAACACCACCACCGCCACCACCAACACCAAAACCACCACCACCACCGCCACCGCCAACACCACCACCACCAAUACCACCACCGCCAACACCAACACCACCGCCACCAAUACCACCACCACCACCGCCACCGCCAACACCAAUACCACCACCACCACCACCACCGCCACCGCCACCACCAAUACCACCACCACCACCGCCACCGCCACCGCCACCAAUACCACCACCACCGCCGCCACCACCAACACCACCACCACCACCACCACCACCACCAACGCCACCACCAACACCGCCGCCACCAACACCACCACCAACACCACCACCGCCACCACCAACACCAAUACCACCACCACCACCGCCACCACCAACACCACCGCCACCGCCACCAAUACCACCACCACCACCGCCACCACCACCACCGCCACCACCAACACCACCACCGCCACCACCACCACCACCACCACCCUCUGCUCCACCACCUACACCACCACCUCUCCCUGCUCCACCUACACCACCACCUCUCCCUGCUCCACCACCUACACCACCACCUCUCCCUGCUCCACCACCUACACCACCACCUCUCUCUGCUCCACCACCUACACCACCACCUCUCUCUGCUCCACCACCUACACCACCACCUCUCUCUGCUCCACCACCUACACCACCACCUCUCUCUGCUCCACCACCAACACCACCACCACUCGCUGCUCCACCACCUACACCA